UCAUCACUAUACGGCGCUGUAGGAACAGAGAACAUGCUAUUCUUGUAAGUUGAACUCUGUAGUAGCGCAACCGGAAGUAGAUGUCAAGCAAUAGGUGUAUGUGAGGUUAGUGGUUAGAGAUCGACUUUUGAGUGAAGUCCCAGAAGGUGAAUAUGAUGAGGAGUCUCCCAUAUUUCUGUCGUGGGGAAGUUGUUCGAGGGUUUGGACGAGGGAGCAAGGAGCUGGGAAUACCCACAGCAAAUUUCCCUGCUUCUGUGGUGGAACAUCUCCCAGCAGACAUCAGCACUGGUAUCUACUAUGGCUGGGCCAGCCUCGGGAAUGGGGAUGUGCAUAAGAUGGUCAUGAGCAUUGGCUGGAACCCUUACUUCAAGAACACCAAAAAAUCCAUGGAAACACAUGUGAUUCACAAAUUUAAGGAGGAUUUCUAUGGAGCCACCCUGAGCGUUGUUUUGGUUGGCUACAUUCGUCCAGAGAAGAAUUAUCAAUCCCUUGAUGCACUGAUAGCAGCAAUCAAAAGUGACAUUGAGGAGGCUGAGCGGAGGCUGGACCUGCCAGAUCACCAGAAGUUAAAGCAGGACAACUUCUUCAGGGAAUGCGCCAACCCCGUCGUCAACGGCCACUGACAGGAGGCCAAGGGACCGUGGAGCAUGACGCAGUCGUCACCCCUUUGUUUGUCUGCCUCCUGCUCUUAGCCUUUCUGGGUAAAACGAUUGACUACAAGCAUUUUUGACCUGUUUUACUUGUCAUUCAUGGCUGGUUCACACUGCAAUAUCAGAAGCCACUGUGAGUGCAUCCAGACCUCUUUGUUCCUUGGCCUGUCUCGUUACUCUUAUGUAUGUCGUCAUGGUACGAUAAUCUUCUCACCCUUUACUGUACCACCCCAGUACUGUAGGUGAAAGGCCACCCCAUUCCUCCUGAGCAUUCGUUGUAACCUGCCGCUGUACUCAGCGCAAUGACUGCCGCGGGCUUGUCCAGGACCGAUAAGGUGAAGACCUCAGGAUCAAAAUGACACCCCCUGUACCCCAGCCUGAUGUCAGGAGUGAGGGGGUCGGCGUCAUGCUCAGAGUCCUAGGACUGCUUUGUCUGUGGGGCUGGUUAAGUGCUGGAAGUACUGGGAAAUAUUUGCCUUUGGCUUGUUGGCCAGUAUCUACCUAUGUGCCACCGUGCACAUGUUUCAAUUCCCAAUUCUAAAUCCCUGCUAUUUUUUCAAUAGCCUGCUUUUGACACUGGUCUUUCUGUCACAUGGUGGUCGAAUGCAGAUUAGCUCCAGCAGAGAAACAUCCCUGCUCUUCCGCUGCAUUUUAACUCCGAAUAGAUUUUUCUUCUCAAUGGGAAAGCUCAAAAAGUCCAGUGCUCUGAAAAGUCAGAAAUAGCUUUCAUGCAGACUCAUCACUUCCCCUGAGAGUAGAAACGCACACAAUCGACUGUAAGAGAAGACAGGAGACCUUUGCUCACGGAGGGGGUGUUUACAAAGAGCAGAAUGGAAGAAGAGGGCAGGACUCAAGUUUUUUUAUAUUUCCAUUUUAUUCCCAUUUUAUCGUGGGAUGUGUACGUUUUUAUUUAUUUGCUUUGAAGAAAUAUCUGUAAUUCUACUGUGCAGAAGUGUGCAACAGAUAGUGGGAAUGAAUGGCUCACGGUUUGAAUCAUAUGUAUAAUAUAUGAUCUGGAUUAACUAGAUUUUACUUUAAAUUCUGUAUCAGGGCAUAACUAUAUGAAAAUCUGUCAGUUUUGAGGUUAUCAUACUUUGAGAAGAUGAGAUAUCGAAAUGUAAAAGAUUAACUCAUAUUGAAUUGUGCAAUGUGGCAGGAGGACCUUGAAACACAGCAUGAAAAUUGGCAUGCGAGUUUUUCAAAUUUCCUCUCCAGCUAACAGACCCCCUAGCCUGAAUUAAGGGAACAGCCUUUUAUUUUUAGAUAAUCUAGAGGCAACUUGAACAGAAAGUACAUUUUAGCAUAUUCUUCUUGGCUUAUAUAUGUAACAUGCAGAGGUGACAGAGGGCAGUUGUUGCUGUUCAGGCUAUGUAGUAGCUACACUUUAGUCAGGCUCUGCUUCCACAUCUUAGGUCUGUCGUGCAAAUCAGACACUGUUAUCUGGAAUUUGUCUGUAACUGCUAUGACAUUACAUACAAAAUUGUUCCUCAAGCAAAAGUACUGUACUCAGCUGUGUAAAGAAAUUGUCUACUAAAAAUAAAACAUUUAAUGAAUGCACCUGCAA